GGCGACUCAGGAGGCGACUCAGCAGCUUCUCUUCUCCCCCCGCAACAUUCAAGGGCGAGAAGAAGGCAUACCGACGAUGACAGGGCAAUGGUACGCUCAUGAGGCCUGGCAUGUGCAUCAGUCCACAGGUUUGCAUGUCCUUGUGACGUUUGUGUGCAGGACUCCUCUCAUCUUUUGCCUCCAUCUUCACCGUCAGCCGGCCCUCGCUUGGCCCAUGUGCAGGCCACCUCGACCACGGCCGGCGCUCCCCCGGCGAACGUCGGGGAGCAGAAGACGAGGGCAGCAAAAAGGCUUAUCAAACGGAUGAAAAUGGUAUGUAACACACGACAUGAACCACUGCAGUGGGGCCCCACUUGCCUAAAUAUUAUGUUCUCUCUGUGAACACAGGACAUUCAUCAGCUGGGUGUGUCAUUGGGAGCGAUUCCGAGGCCUCAUGCGCUGCCGCCCCCCUGCCCGCCGCCGUGUCCGCCCUCGCCGGUCCCAUCCAUGACAGCACCCUCUCCCCCGUCGUCCCUACCGUUCCCGUUCGAUGACGACGACGCAUCGGAACAGGCGGAGCUACCAGCACCACAACCACCAGCACCUCCACUGCUGAUUGGCGGCGCUGAGGGCUCCGAGAAUGUCGCGCUGUUACGGGCUGAGAGGGCCGCUGAGAGGUUCAGAGCCGCGAGUUCUGCGUCGUUCGAGAGUAUGGGUGGCGGCCACGCUACUCAGAUGCUGGAUCUCGAGGUCGGCGUGGGCGUGACGGAGGGAGAGCAGGAGGCGGCGGGAGACGGUGGAGGGGUGCGGCGGGGCAGUGUGGGCGUGCAAACUGAUGAGGACAGACCACAAAGCGAUAGUGCGACUGACAGGUCGGCUCUCGUGAUUGAUUGUUUCAUCGUGCCGGCAUGUAUGGUCUUGGAUUUGCUGUUGCGUCUUCAGGCGGCUUUCGCGAGGGAGAGCCUCCACAGUGGAGGAGCUGCGAGGCCUUCUCAUCAGGGUUAGGAGAUCAAAAUUGGAUCAUCCUUCAGGUGCUUGCUGUACAUGUGCGGCCGUGUGACACACAGGUCAAUCAGUGCCUGUCGCGGGGGCUGCCAUGCCGUGGUGCCGAUGAUCUGACAGAUCUGGUCAAGCGCCUUCAUCGCACCACGUCCACCAUCCUAGACACAGCCCCCUCUCCCCUAUCGCCCUACACAACCGCCCUCACCCCCUCUCUGAGCUACCGGAUGGAGCCGCAGCAGUCGCCACAACACUCACGUAAGACCGACCAGACGCACACAAGAGAGGCCUUAGCAGACUUUUCGUGUGUGUGCAGUCGUCCCGUUGGGUCGGUGGCUGGAGCGUGGGCGGGGCGCGAGGGAGGCCAGGCAGGUGGAGGAAGACGACAUAGAGAGCCGGUCGGAGAUCUCCAUCGACUUCCUCGCAAACGACGAUGCCAAGUCAGCACAAGAGAGACGUACACACAUACAGCCAGACGAGCGCAUAUCCUUCUUGUUCCUUCAGGGGCCUGCGGUCGCGCAUUCACUCUUCCCCAGAGCGGCCCUCCUCGUCCCACUCGUAUGUGCCGGUGGCCCCGCCCAGCAGCUCUUUGGUCCGGGGCGGCUCCUUCGCUUCAGCAAUGAGCGGCCCAUCGGAAUUGUCCGAGUCCCGCCGCAAGUGGGUAAUGGGCGGUGUGAGCGGGGUGUGGUCGUGGGUGCGGACCAACAUGCAAUGCGCUAGACGGUACAGGGGCAAUGCGAUGGAGAGGGGAGAGAGCGCCGAGGGCAAGCCUUAGUUUGGGGUCGGCCGGUCGGUCGAUGGGAG